GGGGAGACCAAGAAUCACUCGUGCAGUGAAAGUUAUAUGAGUUAUUCAUUUCGAUUAAGAGGUAUAGACAAUCCAAAAGAGAAGAAGAAUUCGCAUCGAUAGAGAUAAAAAAUUAAGAAAAAAAUAUUUCAAAAGUAGAGUCGUAACAUGGCUAGUUAUGCAGUCAAGCGAAUUAGUCGUGAAGUCAAAGAAAUAAUGUGCAGUGAAGAUAUAUUGAAAUGUGCGAUCAAAGUAGAAAUGAUCGAUGAUAACUGGACCGAUUUACGCGCCGAAAUAGCUGGACCGCCCGGUACACCAUAUGAGGGUGGAAAAUUUGCACUUGAAAUCAAAGUGCCCGAUAAAUAUCCUCUCAGUGCACCAAGGGUACGUUUUGCCACCAGAAUAUGGCAUCCGAAUGUAUCUUCAGUUACUGGAGCUGUGUGUUUGGAUAUUUUAAAAGCCAACUGGACCGCCACGAUGACCUUGUGCAGCAUUUUACUGUCGCUGCAAGCUUUAUUAGCCGCCGCUGAGCCCAAUGAACCUCAAGAUGCCAUUGUAGCGUCCCAAUUCAAAGAUAAGAAUUUAUUCGAAAUAACCGCUCGACAUUGGACUAAUGUUUAUGCAGGAGGUCCUCAUAGAGAACCGGAUUGUGACGAAAAAAUUCAACGUCUGCGGGAUAUCGGUGUCAACGAGCACGAUGCUCGCGUUGCCUUGUCAAAAGAAAAUUGGGAUUUGGCAACAGCUGCCGGAAGACUGUUCAGCUAGCUUUACUGCUAUCAAAGGCUUGCUGGCAUGAGCAUUUCUUUUUUGGCCAAUGAGAUUACAAAAUCAGUAGCCAUGGUCGCAAUAAAUAAAAUUUAAAGAAAAAAAAAAUAUUAUGCCCAUAAAUCGUCUAGCGUACAAAUAUAUGGCCUUACUUGCUUCUCGCUCAAAAAGGGAACAAUGACAAAAGAUAAAUUAUUAUUUUUUAUUUUUUUGGUUUGGAUUAUA